UGAAACGUAUCGUUGCGUAAACGGCACACGGGAGUUAUUUACGGAAUAAAUUGGACUAAGAAUAAAUUCGAGUUAUUGCAGAAGAAGUAAAAAAAAGAAUUAUAGCCAUUUUCAAAUCAAUAUUUCAAGCUGCAUAAAAGCCAAAGUGUGUGUGUGCGAUUUAAUGUUUUUGUCUGUCUGUCGGUCGCUCGGUCUGUCUGUCUAUCAGCCUUGUUACCUCUGGCUCUGUUUAAGCAAAAAAGUGUUCGUGUUAGUGUCGUUGUGUUAUGUUGUUAAACGUGAGUGAGACAUCAGUUAGCAGCAAAAGCCACAACGAUACCCUGUAGUUGCCUCGAUUCGUUCUUUGUCUUCUUCCUGUGAAAGUGUUAAUAAAAUAUAAAAAAUUUACAAGAUAAGCCGUAGCUGAGGAGCCAGAAGCACGAUAACAAUUCCUUCCAACUGCCAGGAUUUAGAGCCUCUACAGCAACCGCCCGCCUGCUGAACGACCAGCAGCAUCUCAAAUAACUUUAGUAAAACGCAAGUGAAGGCAGUGGAAUAUAUCUUUUGGGGCCACCUAAGUGAUUUCGAUUUUGAAGAAUUACCCUCAGAUAGCAGCGAAUCUAAGCCGUUGUUGCAGUCAACUCCCUUGGCUGAACUGCAAGAAAUUCAACCCGAUCCCAAUUACGAAGAAGAGGAAGCCCUGGAGGAGCAACGUAAGCUUGAGGCUACCAAUAUGGCAGCUACAACACCAGGUUCGGGAGAAAAUAAAGACUUAACUGCAGCAGCAGCAGCUGGUGCUGACAAUGUUGUGGCCAAACCCUCAACAGCUGAGGAAAGCAUUUUUGCUGUCAUGUAUACGGUAGCCAAGAAAGUGGCCAUAGUGGGUUCUAUAUAUAUGGUGGGCUAUAUGGGCUGGUCAGUGGCAUGGCUGAUAGCCCCUGUUAUAUUGUCGGUUGCCUGUGAUCGUUUUCGCAAAACCACCGAACAUAAAAGAGAUAUUGCCAAGGCAUCGGCUUUGGCCUCUGAAAAGGAGGUGAUUUUGGCGAGAAUAGAUGAAUUGCCAGCAUGGGUCUAUUUUCCAGAUGUUGAAAGAUGUGAAUGGGUCAACAAGAUUCUCAAACAGUUAUGGCCCAAUGCCAAUCACUAUGCCCGCUCUCUAGUCAAGACAACCAUUGAACCUGCCGUUGCCGAAUCUCUGGCCAAUUAUAAAAUGAAUGGCUUUCGUUUUGAUCGCAUUAUUCUGGGCACUAUACCACCACGCAUUGGCGGUGUCAAAGUCUACACCCAGAAUAUAGGCCGUAAUGAGAUUAUCAUGGAUCUGGAUCUUUUCUACGCCAGUGACUGUGAUAUCAACUUCUAUCUGGGCAGCAUAAAGGGUGGCAUUAAAGAUUUCCAAAUCCACGGCUGGAUACGAGUGGUUAUGAAGCCUUUGAUUCGUAGUAUGCCUUUAAUUGGUGGCUUACAAAUCUUCUUUUUGAAUAAUCCCAAUAUCGAUUUUAAUCUGGUUGGCGCUAUCGAUUUUAUGGAUAUGCCCGGUCUAAGUGAUUUGUUGCGAAGAAUUAUUGUGGAACAAAUUGGUAAUAUUAUGGUAUUGCCUCAUAAAUUGCCAAUAACGUUGAGUGAGGAGGUGCCAGCAACAGCAUUGAAAAUGCCAGAGCCGGAGGGUGUUUUACGCAUCCAUGUGGUGGAGGCCAAGGACUUGAUGAAAAAGGAUAUCAGCAUGUUGGGCAAAGGUAAAUCGGAUCCCUAUGCCAUCAUUAAUGUGGGCUCUCAGGAAUUCAAAACACAAAUUAUCGAUAACAAUGUCAAUCCCAAAUGGGACUUUUGGUGUGAGGAUGUUAUAUACGCACCCGUAGGCCAGGAGGUCUUUUUUAAUUUGUGGGAUUAUGAUCAAGGUCCACAAGAGGAUGAUUCUUUGGGCAGGGCCAGCAUAGAGAUUAUCAAUGCUGUACAGCGAGGAGUGGUGGAUACGUGGCUUACCUUGGAAAAUGCCAAACAUGGUUUGCUGCAUGUUCGCUUGCAAUGGUAUAAACUGACAGCAAAUCCUUUGGAUCUUCAAGCUGCUUUGGCCGAAACUCAGUUGCUUAGAGUAGCCUCUAUGAGCUCGGCGUUACUCAUAGUCUUCAUUGACUCUGCCAAGAAUCUCAAACAGGCUCGCACCAACUCAAAUCCUGAUCCUUAUCUGGUCUGCAGUGUGGGUAAACAGAAACAACAGACUGGCAUGAUCAUGCGUGACAAUUCCCCUGUAUGGGAACAAGGUUUCUCCUUUUUGGUGGGCAAUCCCGAUAAUGACACUUUGCAAAUUAAGAUUUUCGAUCAGAAGACAGGCAAUGAAAUUGGUCAAUUUGGUUAUGUCAUUGCCACUCUAUUGCGUAAAGAGAAUAUGGAAAUAAUGUCACAACCUUUCCAAAUUCAAAAAUCUGGACCAGAAUCAAAAUUAAUAAUGUCAUUGUCAUUGCGCAUCUUGAAAAAGGCGGAUACUAUAGAAGACCCAGAUGCGGUGGAAAUGCCUGCAGAUAAUAAACUUACCAGAUCGAUAAGUAAAACAGCCAGUAUACAGGAGCCCUCAUCGCCAAAGGAUUUGCAAUCCCAAUCUAGUCGCCUUUCUGCCGAAACUCCCGUUGCCGAAGAGGAACUUAGUUUGAAGGUCUCCACCCCCACAAAUUUACAAUCGGUUACCCCACCACCACGCAGUCCCAAUCCUUUUAAUGCUUCCCUAGUAGGUGGUGACUCCAUGCUAACGCAUCGUGUUCCCGAUCUUUCGCACUCGGCGGGAGAACAUAAUCUUGGACGCAUUCUCCUAAAUAUUCACUAUUUGGCCCAAAGACAAAAACUUUUUGUGACCAUUAAGAAAAUUAUGAAUAUACCCCUGCGUGAUCCCUCCAAUAUUCCCGAUCCUUAUGUCAAAUUGUAUUUGCUGCCUGGCCGCAGUAAAGAAUCGAAACGCAAGACUGUGGUAAUUAAGGACAAUUGCAAUCCUGUGUACGAUGCCACAUUUGAGUAUUUGAUGUCAACGGCUGAGCUGUUGCAAAGUGAAUUGGAGGUUACUGUGUGCACGCAAAAGGGAUUCUUUGGAAGUCCCAUAAUUGGUAUGCUUAAAAUUCCCCUUACCGAUCCUGAAGUCUCUGGAAAUGGCAUUAAUUCCUGGUAUGAUUUACAACCAGAAAUGAAACACGAUUAAGAGUUAAAGAACAUAGCCUAGAAUUUUGAGUUCUACUUCAGUUCAAAAUGAAAAGAAAA